CAAAGGUUUAGUACAGAAAAACAUAAUGGUGACUUCACGGUAUAUGAUCAUUUUUCUAUUGUUUUCUUCGCUUUUGAUUGUUCCAAACGAAAGUCGAGUGGGUAAAGUUCAAGCAUGUGGACACGCACUGUAUGUCUGGUUGGUUCAAGCAUGCAUUCCAAAACUUAGACAAUGGAGAUUGAACGAAUAUCGUCCAUAUGAUGACGAAUUCUUCAAUAGAGGAGAAGGACCAACUCUUGUAGAAAUGUGCUGCAACAACAGAUGUGACUAUCCAGUAUUGUAUGGCUAUCAAAAGUGUGAACUCCUCAUUCCACAUGGUGUUAAUAUUGGCUGAAUACAAAGAAAAAAAACCAUUUAUAAGAAAAUUAAAAGAAUAUUUACAUGAGAAUAACAAAAAUUUGCUUUUCAAUACACAGACAAAAUUCUUAAACCGUGAGUCACGUAAUUGAAUUUGAGUAACGUUUUCUACUGCAUGUUUAUGUGAAGCAGCGUUUUCAGCAUUGACAAUUAUAAAAUCAAAGCGUAGGCUUACUCUGAAAACGUUGAAGUCGUCAUGUUUCCUGCAUUAUCAAAUAUUCUGCCAUGAUUUAAUGAUUUAUGCGAAAAUAAACAAGCGCAUCCAUUUCAUUAGUAUGCAAAUCUC